CCCGAAUGGAGGUGCUCAUGUGGAUGCUGUGAUGGUCCCAGUGCCUCUCAAGACGAGCUGUGCACAAUGGCGUCCCCGAUACCCGUUGCUGCGGCGGAUCUUGACAGCCUCAUGCAGACACAACGCGCAGCGCCGAUAGCCUCGCCGCACGGCUAGCUGAGGCUGUUCAAGAGGGCGCUGAUGCUGGCAAGAAGCUGGUCGACGGCAUCCGCUCGACAGUGAGGCGCCGAGGCGGCACUCUGUUCAUGCGCAGCGAUGAGGAAAUCGCCGCCCAGAGGCCCGAGAUGCGUCUCAAUGUGGGAGGCUUCGACGACCUGGUCAUCCCUACCAACGUGCUGCUGAUGCCCGGCAUGAAGGGGACCUAUCUCUCCCUCGUCAUGCUGCACCACAUGGACGCCCUCCCCGCCGCUCCCGACACCACCCCCACACAAGACGGCCGCAGAGACCACUGCCCGUUUCUCGACGCGUCUUCGGCGUUCGGCAGAUGGCUCAAACGGCGCGUCAAAAGGGCAGCGGAGAAGGGCAGAUUCGAGAGCGACCUGACUGAUGCGGAGAAAGACGACGAGUCCAUCCGCUUCUACCACCACCAGCUGUUCGACCACAGCAUGGCCAUCGUCGAAGAAGAACUUGAAGAGGCGGACCAAUUCAAGAUCACAAUCAUCGCGCCCACAGCUCCAUGCGACGGCAAGCUGCUGCCCGCUCUUCCCUUCCAUGACCGCCCCCUGCCGGUUUGCAUCAAAAAUGGGGGCAGGACAUCGGCGCGGGGUCUGUCGCAGACGCCUACAAGAGCGCCUUGGAUCGUCUAGAGCGCAUCGACGAGGCAGUGACGACAUUCUAUAUGGCUGUUGACCCGUUCCUGCAGACGGGGGGUGUGGGCGAGGUGGUGGGCGUGCAUCUCGUGGAGUCAGGCAGUCGGGUGGCGACGGUUGAGGCCACACUCACGCAGCAGCACAUCGACCAGGCGCUCCACCACCGAUUCACCAUGUAUGCAGACGACAAGAGACAAGGGCGACAGGCGCUCACUCUUGGUUUGGGUGUGUUCAGGUGGUGUCCGGAGGUGCGCGACACGCCUGACCAUCUGUUCGAGUCGGCCGUUGACCUCGCGCGGCGACAGCGUCUGGCCUGGCGCGGCGCAAGCAUCUGCCCUCCCGGCGACGGCCGAGACCCCGCCAUCAACCAGGUGUUGGAGCAGUGCGGCAUGGCUCCUGUGCCCUUCUGCAAGCCCCUCGACGGCCCGCCCUUCGCCAAGCACUCGUUCGUCACGUCGCCGGAUCAGUAUCAGGCGCUCGUCGACAUGAUCGGCAAGACGCAGCCGAAACUUAAGCUACUGUAUAGGUAGGUGAGCAGGGACCGGGUGCACGCACUGGUCCAUGUGCAGCCUCCACUUUAAUGUGUGUGCGUGUGUGUGUCUGGUGCAUUGCGUGCAGGGCGUCGGUCGACGGAUGGCGGUUUGCGGACCUGCUCCGGUGCGUGGGCAGCGCCAGUGGCCUCCUGUUCAUCAUCCGCGCACGGGGCCCUUCCGAUUUCGCGUGCUACAUCGGGUGCGACCUGCUGUGCGGCGAUCCCAAGGGGACCAAGGAGGCCAAGUGCCCCGUGUGGUUCAGCACGCUCACGUACCACGAGCUGUACCGCCAGCCGACACGAAUCGACAUCCGCCCGCAUCGGCGAGUGGUCGAGGUGGCCGGCGUCGACGGCUGGGUCGCCAACUGCGCAAAGGUGAGUGGAGAGGAGAAGGGGGCAAAUUGUGAGUGUAGGCAGGCAGUGUGUCGUGUGUCUGGUGGAUUGCAUGCAGGUGUGGAUCGGCGGUGGGGAUCUGAUGCUCGGGUACACGAGCCACACGGCGUCGCCAUGCGCCCCCCUGCCCGACCUGCGCAGGGGCCGACUGAGAAUCCUGGCUGACAAGACGCCUGGGGUGCGCCUGCAUCUUGGGGGCUCGGCGUUCGAGUUCACCGACGAGUGGGGCAAUGUGCUGCUCACUGGGAGCAAGGAGUUCACUGCUGUCGAGAUGGAAGUAGUCCAUGUUACGUGAGUGGCAAGUAGUAGAGUGCGUGGCGUGUCCGGAUCGUUCGUUUUUGGUUGCUUAGUUGCUUAGUGGGUCGGGC